UCAAAGAAUUAUUAAAUUGGCCAGAAUUUAACCAUCUGAACAGAUGUUAUAAUUCAAUCAGUCAGGCUAAAAAUAUCACAAACAACAACUUUUCUGUUUUUGUUAAUUCAGUUUCAGUUUUGAUCAGACUGAAGACACAUAAAACACGAAGAAGAAAACACGUAUGAAAGGUUUCAAAAGUCUACUACGUGCGGUGGUUUUCUUGUCAUUAUUGCACGUUACUCAACAAUGUCAAGUUCCCACUGCUCCGACGACUGUUUCUGUUGCAACUGACUGGCAGGGAGACGAUGGAUCCUUUGUCAAGGUCUCAGUUUCGAAUCCCCCUCCUGCCGAGUUCCAUCACUUCGAAAUAAAUAUCAUGGACUUCGAAGAGCAAGUUCAAGUCUACGCGAACGAGCAUGUUGAACUGGGAACGGAUGUUUCGGUGGAUUUGCCCAAGUUCGGGACAGUGUAUGAGAUAUUUGUCCACACGGUGGUUAAUUGCUCUAACGGGACCCUCCUAAAAAGUGAAGACUUCUAUGAAGAGAAGUUUGUGACGGAGCCGCCAAAAAUUGACAGUGACGUUGAGGUGAUAUUCAUGAAUGAAUCUCUGCUGUGUAUUGUGUGGAUUGCACCCAAAGACGAUGCCCACUAUGAUGAAAUCGAAACAUCCCUGAUGCAGCCUCCUGACACUUCUUUGGAUACAAAAGCCAAGAAUGUGGAAGAAAACCAAGAUGCCGGGUUCGAAUGCUUUCACAGUUCAGCGCUUGAGAGAUCCCAAAUGUUUUCUGUUAAAUUGACGAGCAAGGUGUCAUACGACAAUCUCCAACUGUUCAGUAACUCUCCACCCGGAUACCGAAACCUCUUCUUCCAACACGCUGGGCUUGGAGUGCUCUUGGAUAUUUCUCACUGCGAUGCAGACACAUGUUUGGUCAAUAUACGAGCGAGUCAGUUGCCAUAUAAGGAGAAGUUUGACUUCACCUACCAGGUCUUCGAAUAUGACACUGAAAAUGUCAAAGUCUCCGGCCGGUUCCGCGGCUCGGAUUGCAGCGCAGAACAGGAUUCAUGUACCUACUUGGUGGAAAACCUUGAACCGAAUACAAAAUACGAAAUCGAAUUGACACCAAGCAUAUUCAACGACGAACUGCCCUUUGCGACCUACGACGACUUCAGAACACCCUCAGCAAUGGCAGAUCCUUCCGAUCCCAUCAAGGUGGAAUGUGAGCUGAUUGACGGUCAAGCCGAAUGCACAAUUGUCCUAUCAGCCGAAGACGACAAAAUGAUGGACAGAUUUUCGUUCCAAAUUCGUUACGUGAUAAUCAAUUUGGGGGUGGCCGGAGCCAAUGAAACUGGAACAGUCAAUGGAAAAGAAUGCUCUGGAAAGAUCGGGUCGUGCUCUUUUGAUCUCAAUCUGCAACUGGCCGAAGGUGAAUACGAACUGCUGAUUCGAAUCGAAUUCGACGACGAAGAAGUUGCCACGAUUCAAAGGACCAAUCAAUUUGUGGUGCCAGUCCCUAGCGAUGACUCAAUGAUAAGUAUGACUAUCAUAGUCAUAAUAAUGGUCGUGGCCGGUGUGAUUAUUGCUCUUUCCUUGUUCGUGGUUGUUGUAUUGUGCCUGCGGAAACAAAAAGAGAAAGCAAAUGACUGGAAUCAUAGAGAACUUGGAAAGUUCAAUGACAAUACAUAUGUGAAACCAGCUCAACCAGACAUUGAGUACGAACCACCAGACAAUAAAUGGAAGUCAACGGAGGAUGAGCCAUAUGCCGAGUACAAAGUGAAAGAAGGAGUUGAAUUGGCCGCCUACGUAAACCCCGACCUAAAGAGCGACGCGGAUAGUAUCUACGAGAACGAAGCUUAUGAGGAAAUGGAUAAAAAAGUAGAGUAUAACUCUGACGAUGAUGGAUGCUUGCCUUUGAAGAGUAACGAAUACCUUGAACCUGAAAUCAAAGGUCAAAAGAACGAGCCGGCAUCACAGCCAAAUGAGUACUUGAUUCCAAUCGCCCAGGAGGACAGUCUUCUUUGUUAAAUUCACAUCUGAAACAAUUUAGGGUUUUACACAGAAGCGGAUUUAAAAAAAGGUCGCCAAAUUUUCAAAAUGUUUUUGAAAAUCCGCCCUUCACUUGAGAAAUUUCUAGAUCCGCGCCUGGUUUCACUCAAAGUUUUUCUUUUGAUGUGCUUUUCUUUUUUUGUCAACAUUUUAUUUUUGAAGA